UAUUUUUCAAGAAUUUUGAAAUUACGGAACGUCGGUUAUGGUGGCUGUGUUGUGUGUUUGGCCUUCUAAAACCACCUCAAUGUAAUGAUGUAUAGUGACAUUUAAACAGGUGGUGAAAAUUUAAGCAGCUUCGAAUGUGUUACAAUCUGCCUCCUGCAAUGAAGUAAAUUAGGAGCUACUUGUUUUGCCGUCUAUUUAUCAUAAGUGAAUAAAUUAUAUCCGGAAAUGGAAACGCCAAAACCGAUGACUGGACCAUAUCGUGCCACACGGCUUUGGAAUGAAGCUUUACGUAUAUUCAACAAUGGUGUACCUCAAAAGAGACAUUGGAGACAACUAAGGCAGUAUGAAAACUGUUUCACAUCUGCUGAAGCUACUAAUUGGCUACAUUCUCAGCUAAAAGAAAAUCCUCAUUUCGGACCUACUGUUUCCAAAGAUCAAAUUCAACAGCUUUUGUGCAAAUUUUUAAAGGCAGGUGUUUUUGAAGAUGUCCGUGGCAUUGGCACAAAGACAGAUAAUAGAAUAGAAACAAAUGGACUGUACAGAUUGACAAAUCGGUCACCAUUCAGAAAUCCAAGAACUCCAGGGCGUAGAACACCAUUGAGUACACUUGCUAAUCGUGGGAAUUGUACUGAAAAUCAUAGUUCUCCUAAGCUGGCACCAAAUAAAAAGGAAGUGCCAGUGGAUGUUGGUAUCCCUUCAAUAAACAAGCCUCAAACUACAACCUAUGCAAAAUCUUUGGUACAGUGCCAAUUAACAGCCAGACAACUCAGCCAACAAGAGGUGGAAGAAUUAUGGAAAAACACUACAUUAAGGCAGAUUUCAAAGCUUCUUAAUCUUUUAAAUCUUAAUGAACUUCUUGAUUCUACAGAGAUAAAAGGAAAAUCGGUUCUUUGGAAUGUUACUCACAUUGGAGUAAGGGGAGUUGUUCAGCCAAUGGAGGAACUUGAUUCACCUCCUUCCUGGGUUCUUUAUGGUAUGAAAUCAUUAGUAAAUUGGCCAUCGAAUGAAAAACACAAACUACCUGAAUACCACGGUUCAGAAAAGGAUGUUUUCAAGGUCAUUUGCGAUUAUUUCACAAACGCUUCGAGUCCACUCUCCACAUUCUCUCUAUACAAUAUUUUGGUUGAGGCUUUCAUUCGAUCGGAAGCGGCAGAUCUCAAUUUUCGAAAAUCUAUUGAGUCAACCGGUAAUGAAGAUGAGGAUGCGUUUAGUCUUCACUCUCGGGAUUCAGCACGUAACUUAGUUCUGGAAAUGGCGUCCCCCAUCCAUCACAAAACGUCAACUCCAAUUGGCUCAUUCUGGCAAGAAAAACAACAACAAUCUAGGCAAGGGAACUAUCAAUCAUUCCCCGUUGCGAAGAGCCCUUUAGUCGGCAGCCGUACCCGAAGUUGGCAAGUCGGCAAUGGGGCUCAACGAGAUCCACAAAUGUUAAAUAUUCGACGUUUUCUGGAUGAUGAAGUCGUGUCGACAAAUCAAAAAGGAGGCCGAGAACCGCAACAUGCGACUAUAGCCGGUCGUCGUCUUCAUCGGGUUAAUUCCAACGCUUGUUACGAAACAGCCUUUACGACUGCCGAACCCAAGACUCGGAUCGUUUCUCAGAGUCACGCAACUAUGCCUCGCAGAAGCCAAUCUUCUGAUCGUACCCUAGACAAUGAUUCUGAUUCCGUAUUAGGCUCGCAGGGAUUUCGCCGUGAAAAGAACCAUGAAAGCUCAUAUAUGUACCAUAGUCUUGAUCGUCUUCGCAGCAAAUCUGGUGGUUAUGUCAACGUAGCCGCAUUUGGCUCGGUGGAUUGUCUUGAUCGAUCAGACCCUGAUAGAUACUCAGAAAGUGGAGCUGAUUUGUGGAUGUCGUCUAAUAAUGCUACUGUAGUGCACAGUCGGAGCAUUUCCAGUCUUAGCUGCCAUCAUGGAGUUACGGGACUCAGCCCUUCGUUCUCCGAUUCAUCCGUCGCAACGGCAGCUACUCAACACAAUUACGAAAAUCUCCCUCACCUUUCGGAAGAGGACAGCCCUCAUGGAUUAGAUGGGCAGCUUCGCGUCUACCGGAAUUCACCAAGCAAACGACUUAUUGGUCGUCGGAAAGGUCUUGAAUUCUACUAUGGAGCUAAAGCUUGCAGACCCGGACUAGUGACACAGGCUGGGAAGACUAUGGCUAUCGAGCUGCUCCAAUUACUUACCUUACUUUUGCCACCCGAUCGACGUCGAAAACUUCAUCUGCUUCUCCGCUUUAUGACCAAAGUAUCAGCAAACGAUAGACUUGUGCUUGACCCAAUAAUCCCGAUGAAAACUUUGAUGGUGAACACUUUUUACCGGUGCAUUGUUUGUUCGCCCGAAGAAGCAGAUUACGACGAAUUAAUAGCUGUGCGUCUCGUGAGUUUCAUGAUGGAAAAUGCAGAGGCUAUUAUGACUGUGCCAUACCGACUGUGUUCUCAAGUUCGCGAUCUGCUAGGCGACAUUCAACGUGAGAAGAUCCGCUUUCAACUUGAUGAUGUCGUACCGCUGACGUACUGUGUUCAGGUUUCACCACGCCGUUUCGAGGAACAGCGGAAAGAGGAUUCUAAACGAGAAAUUCAUCAACUGCUGGAGCACAUAGUCAAUAAUCAAAAUAUGCCGCUCAAGGAGAAACGAAAGAGGCUUAAGCAGUUUCAAGCUGCCUAUCCAGAAAUUUACCGAAGCAAGUUUCCCACGGAAGCGGAUAUAUUUAAGGAAGAGCGACAUCAAUUGCAGGGUCAAAAGCGUUCAAGCAACCAGUCCACCGUGUUUUCCCGGAUCCGCAACCUACGUCUUACAUGAUUUUAAUGAUAUUAUGACGAUCGUAUAUUUUUUUAACUAUUUUUAGAUUUCCCUUGCUAAUUUGACUAACUUUCAAUGCUGUUAACGUGUAUUGUCAGUUUAAAUACUGUACUAUGGUAUCCAAACCCAUUGGGGCUUGCUCAAGGAGCUCAGUAGGCCUACUAAUUUGAAAUCCACAUAUUCAGGAUGGGGAUUAAUCAAAAAUAUUUCAUUUGAUAUGAAUAUUCUUAAUAAGCAUAAUACUGGAAAUACAUUUGUCCGUCUAUUUCUAAAA